AUGUCUGACGACGAGGAUUUCAUGCAAGAGUCCGAUGAGGAACAGUAUGACUUCGAGUACGAGGACGAAGAUGGCGUUGAGGACUCUGGAGAUGUUGAUAUCGAUAAUAAGUACUACAAUGCAAAGCAGAUCAAGGAUGAUGACCCUGAAGAAGCUCUCAAAGAGUUUCUAGGCAUUCCCGAGCUUGAGACUGAGAAAGGUGACUGGGGAUUCAAAGGACUGAAGCAAGCUAUCAAACUAGAGUUUCGGCUUGGAAGAUAUGAUAAGGCCGUAGAGCACUACACUGAACUCCUCACAUACGUCAAGUCUGCUGUCACACGUAACUACUCCGAGACAUCCAUCACAAAAAUGCUAGAUUAUAUCGAGAAGGAAUCGGAGAACGAGGCAGCGCGAAAAGCCGUGGAACAAUUUUAUUCCUUGACGCUGAAUUGCUUCCAGACAACAAACAACGAGCGUCUAUGGCUUAAGACAAAUAUCAAGCUAGCGAAACUUCUCCUAGACCGUAAAGAAUACCUCGCGGUUACUAAGAAACUCCGGGAGUUACAAAAGGUCUGUCAACGAGAAGACGGUACGGACGACCCCAGCAAAGGCACUUACUCUCUAGAGAUAUACGCCCUAGAGAUUCAAAUGUAUGCCGAGACACGCAAUAACAAGCAGCUUAAGGUUCUCUACCAAAGAGCACUUAAGGUACGCUCUGCGGUACCUCACCCGAAGAUCAUGGGUAUCAUUCGUGAAUGUGGAGGCAAGAUGCAUAUGAGCGAAGAAAACUGGAAAGAUGCACAAAGUGACUUCUUCGAGUCCUUCCGCAAUUAUGACGAAGCUGGAUCCCUACAGCGAAUCCAGGUCCUCAAAUAUCUUCUCCUUACCACUAUGCUUAUGAAGUCUGAUAUCAACCCUUUUGAUUCGCAAGAGACAAAGCCUUACCGCAACGAUCCUCGCAUUGCAGCCAUGACCGAUCUAGUAGAUGCGUACCAGCGAGACGAUAUGGAAACCUAUGUCAACGUCCUACAGCAGAAUCAAGACAUUCUAGCCGACCCAUUCAUCGCGGAGAAUAUUGACGAGGUCACUCGCAAUAUGCGUACCAAAGCCAUUGUCAAGUUGAUCGCACCUUACACACGCAUGAAGCUUGCUUGGAUUGCAUUGCAACUCAAGAUAUCGGAGGCAGAGGUUCAGGAUAUCCUCGGUUUCUUGAUCGUAGAUGGCAAGGUCAAAGGUAAGAUUGACCAACAGACUGGUGUGCUCGAAAUAGAAUCAGACGGCGAUGCCGAACGAGUACAGGCUAUGGAUUCUUGGGCCUCGGCGUUAGUUGGUCUCUAUACGACUAUGUUCAAGGAUGGCGAGGGAUUUCGAAUGGCCGACGUCGGCCCCCAGACAGAUGAUGCAACAUUAGCCCCUAUGUUCUCUACAGAAGGCUCUCGGCAAAGAGGGCUCGUCUCUAAGGGUAAGAGGGGUGGCAAGGGUCUCUUCAGUUAG